AAUACAGUUCGGGUGUGUUAUGUCUUAAAAGGCCGGCGAGGGCUUCGCGGGAAACCGAGCGGAGGGAUACCGCGGGUGGGGUGCUACGGUGGUUUUUAUUGCAGCCGGCGGAGCCCUCAGUUGUGAUUCUCAUGCUACCGAUGACAGACUGUCGUCCUCGUCGUGUCGCUGGUGCAGGCUCCCGACUCUACAUGCGUGUUUCACCCCGCGUCCCUGACACCGACUGCGGCGCCUCUGCCGAAGGAUUUAAUGGUACUUCCGCGCUGGAAUAACGUUCCUGCUAUUUUUCGCGUGUUUUCGGUCGAUUCUCCGCUGCUUUGUUUUGCCGACGAUCUUAAAUUAAAAGCUUCACAAAAAGCAAAGAGCCUCUGGACACACCAUGCCGCUGAAUUCAGUUUUAGCGAGUAAAAACUACGACUACGACUACGACUCUCUUCAACCAUAUUUUUACUAUGACAACGAGGAGGAGGAUUUCUACCCUCAGCAGCUUCAGCCUCCGGCACCGAGUGAAGACAUCUGGAAGAAAUUUGAACUGCUGCCGACCCCUCCCCUCUCCCCGAGCCGCCGGCCGUCCCUGUCGAGCCUGUUCCCCUCCACGGCGGAUCAGCUGGAGAUGGUAACCGAGUUCCUGGGUGACGACGUUGUGAACCAGAGCAUCAUCUGCGACGCCGACUACUCCCAGACCUUCCUCAAGUCCAUCAUAAUCCAGGACUGCAUGUGGAGCGGCUUUUCCGCCGCUGCCAAGCUGGAGAAGGUGGUUUCCGAGCGGCUCGCCUCCCUGCACGCUGCGAGGAAGGAGUCGGUGGCCGGUGAAAGCGCGGAGCACGCCGGCGCUGCAGCGUGGAGGAUGAGCAGCAGCUACCUGCAAGAUCUGAACACGUCCGCCUCGGAGUGCAUCGAUCCAUCUGUUGUUUUCCCGUAUCAGAUGGCAGAGACGCCGAAGCAGGGAGCAGGGACGCUGCCUAGUAAUGAUCUGGGACUGGACACGCCACCCAACAGCGGCAGCAGCAGCAGCAGCAGCAGCAGUUGCAGUGACUCAGACGAUGACGAUGACGAUGAGGAGGACCAGGAGGAAGAGGAGGAGAUUGAUGUGGUCACAGUGGAGAAGAGACAGGCAGUGAAGCGGUGUGACCCCAGCCCGCUGGAGACCAGGCAUCCCAGCCCGCUUGUGCUGAAGAGGUGCCACGUCUCCACCCAGCAGCAUAAUUAUGCCGCCCAUCCAUCCAUGAGGCACGAGCAGCCAGCUGUUAAGAGGCUGAAGCUGGAGAGCGGCAGCGGAGGUGGAGGUGGAGGCGGCGGCGGCGGCCACAGUGGCCACAGCAGGGUCCUCAAACAGAUCAGCAGUAACCGCAAGUGUUUGAGCCCCCGGACGUCUGACACGGAGGACUAUGACAAGAGAAGGACUCAUAACGUUCUGGAGCGCCAGAGGAGGAAUGAGCUCAAGUUGAGCUUUUUCGGCCUGCGAGACGAGAUCCCAGAAGUGGCAAAGAAUGAAAAGGCAGCCAAAGUGGUGAUCUUGAAGAAGGCUACAGAGUGUAUUUACAGCAUGCAGUCCGACGAACAGAGACUCCUCUCACUCAAAGAGCAGCUGAGGAGGAAAAGUGAACUUUUAAAGCAGAGACUCGCACAGCUGCAUGGCUCUUGUGCUUGAAGUUUGAAUCAGACCUUUUGCCCUUUUGUUUUUUAUGCAAGUUCAAGACUUGGGUGUACAGUUGUUGUUGCAUGCAAAUGCAAAAUUGAUUAAGUUGUUUUGAAAUCUUGUUCGAUUUCAAUGUUAAAACUGCCUCAAUAGAAGUUAUUUGUGGAUUCAAUAUUUAAAAGUUUAUUUUUAUUAAUAAAAUAUAAAAAAAAAAUUGGGCUGUCCCGUUGGGGGUCCAAACUAAAAUAUAUUUUUUUUAUCUUUUGUAUAUGAUUAAUAUUUCCUAAGAAAAUGUAUUUUUGGAUCUCAAUUGUCUGAAUGUUCAGACCCAGUGUUUGGUUUUUUCCAUUCUGUUCAUAGAUUCUUUUUGCAAUAUAAAAAAUGUUUCCUCUUGAA